CGCAAACCUUCGUCACGCACUCGGGCUCUUUCCCCUCCGCCGUGCGAGCCAAGAUCAGCGUCUCUGCGUCCUGGCCUGCUUCUGCUCUGCCAACGGCUCCUGCAUGUCCAUGACGGGCUAACAGCUCCUGCGCCUGGGUUUGCCAUCUCUGCUCCAACUUAUCCUCUCUUCCAAGGAUCCUACUCACCUGACCUUUCUUCCAUUCCACCGCCGCUUCUCUUGACCUCUUUCGCCGACCCCAGGCACACGACCCGUUGACGCCUCCAUCGCUGUACGCCUUCUUUGCUUGAGACUGGUUUUGCCCCCAUCUCCAUUCCUCCAGCCUCCUUCUGUUCCCUGCUGUCGUCCAUGGAGUUGGUCAAUCGUUGAAGCGGCCUCCACAGCUCUCGACGUGCUGCGGGGCUUCAGCGCUGCGCAGGCACGAAGCUGUCUCUUAUUGUCCUUUCUACUCUCAUCUGCACCCGCACGCCCGGCCAAGACACACUCCAAGACAUAGAGAAAGAGAAGCUGCACCGAAGGUUGCUGCUGGAUGCUCCUCCUCGUCAAGCCAGACGUCUGCAAGCGGGGGUCCCUACCAUGUCCAGAGAGGGCACCGGACUCGACGCGCAGACACCAGCCUCAUCACCAUCUUCAUCUUCACCGGCUACCAACCCACCCACCCUCACGAAGAACAUAAACACCGCCUCCAAAGCGGGAGGCACCGGCGCCCCUCGCGAUGUCCUCACGGGCCUCACGAAUCCGGUGACCCACCUGGCAAUCUACUGCGCAAAAAUGCCAGAUGCGAGCAUCAAUAGCUUCUGCGGUGCCAUGGGAGGCAUGGCAAGCGGCAUUGUGACCUGCCCGCUGGACGUCAUCAAGACAAGAUUGCAGGCACAGGGCAGCUUCCGGCGGAACCCGCACCCAAAGUCGACGACGCUGUAUCACGGGAUGAUUGGCACGGCGCGCACGAUAUGGAAAGAGGAUGGCAUUCGAGGCAUGUAUCGCGGGCUUGGGCCAAUGCUACUGGGCUAUCUGCCGACCUGGGCGGUGUACAUGACGGUGUACGACAUGAGCCGCGAGUACUACCGUCAUCACGUAGACAGUCUUUGGUUUGCUAGAAUAUACGCCUCCAUAACGGCUGGCGCUUGUUCAACCAUAACGACAAACCCUAUAUGGGUCCUCAAAACCCGGAUAAUGGCUCAAGUUAGCGUCAACGCGCCUCCAGAGGCUCAAACACCCUGGCGCUACAAGUCUACUUUCGACGCUGCUCGCAGCAUGUUCCGCGAAGAAGGAAUUCGUGUCUUCUACUCGGGUUUGGCCCCUGCGCUCCUUGGUCUCUCCCAUGUUGCUAUUCAAUUUCCCUUGUAUGAGUAUCUCAAGCAGCGCUUCACCGGUCUCGCCAUGGGCGAGAACACGACCGAAUCCGACUCUGAGAAUCACUGGCUCGGCAUUCUCGCAGCGACGUUCCUGUCAAAGAUCUGUGCCACAUCGGCAACUUACCCGCACGAGGUCUUGCGUACACGGUUGCAAACACAGCAGCGAACCGCGGCGCCGAGUCACAUGCAUGACGAGAUCAGCUUUCGUGGCAGGUUGGGUGGCGGCUUGCAUGUUCCACGUAUGCCCGGCGGUGCGAGCUCUGAUGGCAUGAUUAACUUACCACGGUAUAAAGGUAUGAUUCAAACCAUCGCCACGAUUGUCAAAGAGGAGGGCUGGCGUGCGUUCUACUCCGGACUAGGAACCAACAUGGUGAGGGCAGUGCCGGCGGCGAUGACGACGAUGCUCACGUACGAAACGAUGAAGACGACAAUACAUAAGCUCCAGACUGAGGGGAGGAGAAUUAUGAUUGAAGAAGGUCUUUGAACCGGACAGAUAACGCUUGCUGGUGUGGAAGGGAACGGUCUAAACUCACCAAUUUGCGGACAUAGCAGGAUCAUCGUGCGCAACUAUGGCUACUUCGCAUGAGACUACUCCAAUGAAGAGCUUACGACACUGCAGCUCGAGUACGCGUUCACAGCAACGCUCGCGCCGACGACAAUGCUAAGUGCACUACGAAUCACCUCCGAAAUACCUACUACUAGUAUACUCUUCUUGUACAUACCAUACCUAAAACUCGCUGAGAGGGAGGACGACAAAAAAGCGAGAAGAGAUUGAUUGACUUAUACUCUCUCCUCUUUCGUCGUCGACAUUUCUUAACAACUGUUACAUUUCUAGUGCGACUCCAGAUUCUUUACCCCAGUCAGGCAUGAUCAGAAGACCUGAUCAAGAUAAGGCACAAGAGCAUCGACAAGCGGCGGCGUUCCGGUCACCUGAUUCUUAUCUGUCUUCGCUUAUGAGAGACAUUUCUAUCUCUGCUUGCGUCAAUUCCUAGCCCAGAGGUGUGGGAUAUCUCCGGGAGGGGGGGUUGUAUCCUUUCGGGAAAGGCUCUUCCCUUGGUUCACAUUUUCACACUUUGUAGAUAUAUAAAUAUGGAUACGGCAGGUGAUUAAACGAGAAUAACAAUUCCACAGGUAUUAAAGAA